AUGCACCAUGCCGGAGUAGUUCACCUCGAUAUCAAGCCGGACAACAUCCUUCUGAACAACCAUACAGGUGUUGCAAAAAUAUGUGAUACCGGAUUGGCGACAUGGUUGGUUCGUGGACAGAUGGAUGGAUGUUGCGGUACUGAUGCCUACAUGGCACCAGAGGUGCGUGCGCGGUCGUACGACGGCCGACUUGCCGACGCGUGGUCGCUUGGUGCGGCUUUAUAUUUUAACCUGACUGGAAUGCCUCCGUGCGAAUCUCCUGUAAUGGCCGAUGAUGGCUACAGGCAGAUAAUUCGAGUAGUAUAUAAAGCCGGACAAUAUAUUACUAGA